AUGUACAUUGUCCCGGCGAGCCCUGUGUCCAAAGCAACGACCAGGUUGCCUCCUCGCACUCCGAUGACGGCCCCCUCGCCGUCGCGCGCGCCCCUGCGGGCGCCACCGACCUCGCCGGCGCUGCCGCGGUACGGGACGCCGGUGGAGCGGCACACGGUGGGCGCGCCACGCAGCCAGAUGACGUCAGGAGUCCCUGAAUCUCGUCGGAAGCCUGAGGAGAGCAGUGCCGCCCGGAACACCAUCUCUGGGCUGCGGCCUAGCCAAUUGCUGGUGCACCAGCUACAGAAGGAGGUGGAGAAGUCUGCAGUCGAAAAGCAUCCCAGGCGAGAGGUCGAGAAGCCCUUCCGGGCAGUCCCAGCACCGCCCGCCUUGAUGAAGGCAGCGCAGGAGGCACGCAAGGACGAGGAGCCGUGA